AGUAGACAUAUCUAAUCAUUUUGAAUUUUUCAGAGUGAUUAAUCAAAACUUAAAGAAACUUAUGGAGGAAACACAGCCGUUGUUGAUAGCUUCAUUGCCUGAGGCACCAAGAAAGCCGAAAUCAAAAGUACAGAAAAUGGCGAGGAAAGCAUUCAAAGGAACAGCCCAUCUCUCUAAUCUCCUCCCGACCGGUUCGGUAAUGGGUUUUCAAAUAAUGUGUCCUGUCCUAUCUCAUCAGGGUCAGUGUCCGACCAUCGCCAGUCGCUGGCUCACCUGCUUCCUCGUCUUCGUCUGCGCCGUCUCUUGCUUCCUCCUUUCCUUCACCGACUCCUUCAGAGACCCACGCGGCAAGGUCAGGUACGGCUUGGCGACGCGGAGUGGUUUAUCUGUGAUGGAAGGAACGAUUACUCUAACGGACGAGGAGAAGGAGAAGUAUAAGCUCAGGUUUCUUGAUUUUGUGCAUGCAUUCAUGUCCAUGCUCGUCUUCUUUGCCAUCUCCAUGAUUGAUCAGAACGUGAUCCGUUGUUUAUUCCCCGUUCCUUCCGAAGACAUCAAAGAGCUUCUCACUAGCUUGCCUAUCAUCAUCGGCGUUAUAUGCGGCGGCUUCUUCCUCGUGUGCCCCACUCGCCGUCACGGCAUUGGAUCUCCACUCACCAAAGAAUAAGUCCAUCAAAGAAAGACAAACUUUUGUAAACACAACUUCAGUUUUUGUAACAAAAUCUUUAAAGAAUUGCAUGAAAAUUUUCUGUAAAAACGUAUAUUACCAACACAAACAUAACAAGACAAAAG